CUCUUCUUCCCCCCUCCCUUCUGCAUGUAGCUGAGGCAUAUGAGUGGGUCUCCUGGGUCUGGCUCACUGCAGUGUAUGGAAGGGUAGGGCUGCUGCCUGUACAAUGUACUGAAGAAUGGUGCACCAGGAGAAACAUGUUUACCAGGCCCAGAGGAAUGACAGAGAGUCCAUCAGGCAGAAGCUAGCCUUUGGCAGUUUCUAUGACGACGAGGAGCCAGCCAUCUACACCAGCUGCAGCAAGAAUGGCAUUUCCUCCCGGCCUCAAAGUGGUGUGAAUCUGCAGGUGUGUUUUGUGAAUGACAGCAACAGUGACAAGGACAGCGAUGCAGAGGACAGCAGGACAGAGACCAGCCUGGACACGCCGCUGUCACCUGUGGUACACGCUAAAGAUGUAGAUAGCAAGCAGAGUUCAUCCCUGUCGGACCGGGACACGGGAGAGGAGGACUCAGACCCCCUGGAGGAUUGUGGCUUCUGGCGGGUGCAGCGGCGGCUCCAAGAGGAGGCACGGGUGGCCCUGGCGUUGGCUCGCCCUAUGGCCCGCAUGCAGGUAGAGGUGGAGAGACAGAUCCAGAUCCACCGCCGCUCGCCUGUCGCCGACCUGCUGCCCCACCUGCCCCAUAUCAGCGAGGGUCUGAUGAAGAGGAGUCUGAGGAGGGGAGACAUGAGGGACAUGAGCCUGGGCCAGCUUCAGGUCAUCACCAACGACCUGCACUCGCAGAUACAGAGCCUGAAUGAGGAGCUGGUGCAGCUGCUGCUAAUGAGAGAUGAGCUCCAUGUGGAGCAGGACGCCAUGCUGGUUGACAUAGAGGACCUGACCAGGCAUUCUCAGAGCCUCCAGAGACACAUGGCAGAGAAAACCCUCUCCAAAUAAAACCCAUAGUCACCUGUCCCCAUCAUCACCUAUGUCACAUGACAGCCAGAACCAACUCAGAGCAGUGGUCAACAACCCUGGUCCUGGAGACCAAUAAGGCAUGCAGGGUUUUGUUCCAGGUCAGCACUUUCACACCUGAUUUAACUGAUUAAUACCUUUGAUGACUAGGCAAAUGGUUGAUUCAGGGUUGUUUUAGUGCUGGAACAAAAGCCUGGAUAUGCUUUAACUCUCCAGAACGAGGGUUGUUGUCCACGGCUACAGAGGGACCAAACCCAACCGGGAGUCAUACAAAGUCCUGAAUUUUAAGAGUUCAGGCAAAACUCCGGGCCCCAGUCAUAAACCAUGUGUGGUAGUGACAGUUUGAUCACAGAAGAUGACUAGGGUUCUGUUUGUUGCCCCGCUCAGCCAGUUGUGGUGCUUUGUAGAAUACUAAUCACACAUAGCUGUUUGUGCUGUUGCUAAGGAAUUAGCUCCUAGGCUUCCCAGUGUAUAAACAUUGCGGCAACUAAACAGAUCUUGUAUGAAUAAUUUAGACACACAAAUGGAUGUAGUACCGCUGUUGUUGCAUAAUUCCACCUGUUUAAACAUUCUGAUGUUUUGAAGCUUUACUGGUUGAUCCUUGAUUUUGCCAAAUGUUUACAGACAGAUUGCAAUGACCUUACUUUUGUCUGCACUUUAAAUUAAAUGGAAGAUAAGAGUC